AAGAAAUUGCAGCCCUACUUUAUCUGUGGCCUGCAUUAUUUUUCUAUGUAUUGGAAUUUGGAGUGAGGAAUAGAGACGUAAAUUCUACACAGAGUUUAUCAAUUUUAUAAGAUUUAAAAUAAAAUGAUUAUCUUGGAAUGUGACACAACAAACUUUAUGAUACUUUAAUCACUAAUUCAAGAAAUGGGUAACGACGCAUCACAAUUGAAAGGGCUAGAAAUUAAUGAAAAACCAACUGAAUGUACGGACUUUUGGUCUCAUUAUCAAGCAAAUAUCCGAGACAGCUGUAGAUAUUUUGGGUUAAAGAGUGAUGGAUCUGUGUCUGUAUUCAAAGGAGAAUCUAUAUUAGGCCCCCUAUGGACAGCCUCCACUCCAUUAGAAAAAUUUUGUAAUAAUAUCUUAAAAUAUCGACAUCCAUUCAUAGUGAGGUAUAUAUCAGCAUGGCAGCAGAGGUCUACUUUCCAUUUGGCAACUGAGUACAUACAACCUUUGGCUCAUGUGAUAUCUUCGCAAACUCCUUUACAAAAAUGUAUAGGACUUAAUAAUAUUUUACAGGCAUUGGUAUUUCUUCAUGAACAAGGUAAAGUGUCACAUAACAACAUAAGUACAUCUGCAAUAUAUGUAUCAGGAGAUGGUCAGUGGAAGCUAGGAGGCUUGCAAUAUUUAUGUAAUUUCUCUGAACAGACCCCAGCUUAUUUAAAACAGUCAAGAAUACAUAGAUAUGAUAAAGCAGUGGAUCCUAAUGAAGACACAAAUGAGCCAACAACUAAAGUGGAUCAAUAUGCAUUUGCAGUUCUAGUGGAAGAUAUAUUCAAAGGCUGCAAAGAUGAUGAGGUGCCAUACUUAAAAGAAUUCAAGAAGUUUUGUAGAGAAAGACUUCAAAGCCCAGACUGCAAACAAAGACCCAGCCUUUCAGAAGUGAUGCAACACGAUUUUUUUAAUCAUGAAUUCAUAUCUGUUUAUAAAUUUUUGAGUUUUUUACCACUUAAGUGUAAUGAGGAAAAGACAGAUUUUUUUUCUAACAUUUUACAAUGUUUAAAAUGUUAUGAUGAGGAAACUGUUGCAAAGCAAUUUGGUGGUUUACUGUUAUCGCGGUUAACACUCUUGGAUCAAACGGCCAGAAAAGAUGUUAUUCCAUAUAUUCUUAAGCCUAGAAAUGAUAGAACUCAAAAUGGAGAACAUUGUGGAUUUUUCACGUUAGGUGUCUUCAAAGAGCAUUUAAAACCAAGGAUUAUACAAUUAUUUUCAGUAAGGGAUGGACAAAUUAGAAUGUUGCUGUUAGCACAUUUUUCUAAAUAUGUACAUGUAUUUUCUCAUGAUGAGCUAUCACAACAUAUCUUACCAGAGCUCUUACUGGGAAUUAAAGAUACAGAUGAUGCUUUGGUGUCUGCUACACUUGUUUGCCUAAGUGAGCUUGUUCCAAUAUUGGGAGCUGACACAGUUGUGGGUGGAAAACGCUCAAGACUCUUCACUGAUGGUAGACCAAAUUCAAAUGCCAAAGUUUUAUCUUUAGUCAAAAAUGGCAAAGCAAAUUUAAUAGAGACACAUGUUCAAGCAAAAAGUUUACAAGAUUUUCAAUGUUCUGAAAGUAUUUAUACUCAAAAUAUUGCUACAUCUGUGUUUGAGCAAGCAUUACCAUUGAAUGAAAGGCCUUCACCUGUCGGAAGUGAAUCAAUGGAUAUUGAAAUAAUUCCAGUGAAACCAACAUACCAAGCAGCAGUGGAAUCUGAAGAUGAUUGGGAUGACUGGGAUAACAGUAAUCACAAAUUGAGGAUUGAAGAUCCUGGAAAUUCUCAUAUAGAUGGAACAUUACUUGAAGCUAUAACAUUGCCACAAACCUCAGAUAAAAAGCUGUCACAAGAAUUUAUAGAAACAGAAUCACAUGCUGAAGGUUCUUUAGAACAUUCCAUUUUGUUACAAAAAGCUGCAUUAGAAGCAAAAAAGAACAUCAUUGAUAUAUCAGAAUUAGACAUAAAAAAUAAAAUUGAUCAAAGCAAAAAAGGAUCAGAUGAAUUUGACUUUUUUGCUGAUAUGACACCAGUAAUAGAAAAACAAAAAGUAGCACCAGUAAGGGAAGAAAGUGAAGUGGGUGAUUACAGCAGUAAAUUAAAUUUUGUACCUAAUAAUGAAAUGGAUGAAAAUGAGGGUUGGGGGGACACAUGGAAUGAUUGAUUGUAAGAAAAAAUAUAGUAUAUAUUUUAAUUGUAUAUUUAUUCCAUUAAAAUAACAGGGAUAAUAAUAGGGCAAAUUAUUUCAACCUCUAAAUGAGGUAUUAAUGUAUAUAAUGAGAUCAAAAAAACUUGAAAGUCAGUGGCAUAGAUAUGAGAUUCUAAUAUAUUGUAAUAAGUGCAUGGUUGUUUAAAAUAUUUAUAAAUAAUUUAAACAAAGAUUAAUACAAACACAUACAUAACACUUGUAAAUGUAUCACUUUUAAAAAGCUUGAUGAUUAUAAUAUAUACACAAUAGACAUAUUUUUAAUGGUGUAUCCUCUAACCUCUAGGUAAUUAUAUCAGUUGUUACAAAAAAAUAACCCUCAUUCAUACUCUUGGUGAGAUAUUUUAUUGGAAUAAUUGAAGAACAAGCACUCGACCUCACAACCGCUCAAUUAAGACACAAUUAUUUCCUUACACAGCCAAAAUGCAAUACAUAAAUGGCUUAGCCAAAUAUAUUUAAUUGAUAUCCC